AUGAAGACUACCAUGCCCAUCCUGGAAGUUAAGCUGUAUACGUACCAACUCUUUAGAGCACUGGCAUACAUCCACUCGCAAGGAAUUUGCCACCGUGAUAUCAAGCCCCAGAAUCUUCUACUCGAUCCUAACAGUGGUAUUCUUAAAUUGUGCGAUUUCGGUAGCGCCAAGAUCCUUGUCGAGAACGAGCCCAAUGUCUCGUAUAUUUGCUCUCGAUACUACCGUGCCCCCGAGCUCAUUUUUGGUGCCACCAACUACACAACCAAGAUUGAUGUUUGGUCAACUGGAUGCGUCAUGGCUGAGUUGAUGCUGGGCCAGCCGUUGUUUCCUGGCGAGUCGGGUAUUGACCAAUUAGUCGAAAUUAUCAAGGUCCUUGGCACCCCAACGCGAGAGCAAAUCCGUACCAUGAACCCCAACUAUAUGGAGCACAAGUUUCCUCAGAUCAAGCCUCACCCGUUCAAUAAGGUGUUCCGUAAGGCAGAUGCGAGUGCAAUCGACCUGAUUGCAAGAUUGCUCGAAUAUACGCCGACCGAGCGACAAUCAGCCAUUGACGCGAUGGUACACCCAUUCUUCGACGAGCUCCGGGAUCCAGGCACCAAGUUGCCUGACUCAAGACAUGGCUCCGGUCAGCUCCGAGACCUGCCUGCUCUGUUCGACUUUACGCGACAUGAGCUAUCCAUUGCGCCACACCUGAACGCGCAACUUGUUCCUGCUCACAUUAAACCUGUCUUGGCCUCACAAGGACUUGACAUCGACAACUUCACGCCGAUGACGAAGCAGGAGAUGAUUGCCAGACUGGACUGA